GCUGCAGCCUGAGAGCGAGACAGAGACACAGUCAGGCCCCGAAUAUAGAAACAUUAUAGAACAUUUUUGAACAAAUUAUCAAACAACAGAUCGAGGGAAGAAAGACCGUGAAAGGUGGCGUGAGGUCUCCCACCGUAGGUUUGCGAAUAGUCGGUGAUGGAAUGUUACCGGGGUUCCAUGAGAAAUUGACUAAUGCGGCGCUGGAAACUUUUUGGGGACUGAAGAUGCAGAGCAGCAUUUCCUACUCAACCCCAACCAUAGCUGUUGGGACUGGCAGACAUUGACAACAACAGCACUUUCUGAGCCCCAGACCGUAGCCCUCCUAAGCCCCGCCCGUAGCCACGCCCUUCACUGUGCCCCACCACUGCCCACGUAGAGCUUGGAAGGCAGGGGAGCCACGGCCGGGUUUUCAUGGCAACAGCACCCUAGGGCUGCCAUGGCAGCUGCUGCCGCCGAUGCCCCACGCCAUAUUACCGCACUGACGCCGGAGGACAAGGAACGAAUAGCCGCUGCCAAGCUGUAUAGCGGCACUACCCUGCCACGGACAGAGAGAGAGAGAGAACGACAGACGGAGAGAGAGGAGGAGAGAGAGAGAGAAAGAGAGAGGGACGAGCGAGCCAGCUGCAACGAGUGUUUGGUGUGUGGGGCUUUGUUUGGUUCGCAGGAUAAGCUUCGGCUUCACGCCUUCUGUCACACGGGAGAGAAACCCUUCCGCUGCUCCCAGCCACACUGCCCUAAGACCUUCAGCUCCAAAUAUAAACUAUUCAGGCAUAUGGCCACACACUCUCCACAGAAAACUCACCAGUGCUCAUUCUGCGAGAAAAUGUUUCACCGCAAAGAUCACCUGAAGAACCACCUGCAGACCCAUGACCCCAACAAAGAGGCCUUCAAGUGUGAGGAGUGUGGCAAGCACUACAACACCAAGCUGGGCUACAAGCGUCACGUGGCCAUGCAUUCAGCCACGGCAGGGGACCUCACCUGUAAGGUGUGCCUGCAGAGCUACGAGAGUACCCCUGCCCUGCUGGAGCAUCUCAAGAGCCACUCGGGCAAGUCCUCCGGAGGUGCCAAGGAGAAGAAGCACCCGUGUGACCACUGUGACCGCUGCUUCUACACACGGAAGGACGUGCGCCGCCACAUGGUGGUCCACACCGGCAGAAAGGACUUCCUGUGUCAGUACUGCGCCCAGCGCUUCGGCAGGAAGGACCACCUGACGCGGCAUGUGAAGAAGAGCCACUCUCAGGAGCUGCUAAAGCUAAAGCCUCCGGACAUGCUGGGCUCUGGCUCCUCCCCCUGCAUUGUCAAAGAGGAGCUCAGCCCCAUGAUGUGCAGCAUGGGUCCCAACAAGGACCCCCUGAUGGCCAAGCCGUUCCCCAGCGGCACCUCCUUCCCCAUGGGCAUGUACAACCCCCACCACCUCCAGGCCAUGUCCAACCCUGGGGUGGGUCACCACCAUUCUCUGAUGCCCGGCUCCCUGUCUGCUGCCAUGGGGAUGGGCUGCCACAUGGAGCCCCCCCUCCACCAACCACACCACCACCACCACCAUCACCACCAUCACCACCACAUCCAAAACUCCCCCCCGUUGCCCCACCUGCAGCAGCCCCAACAGCACGCCCAGCCGCCGCCCAAGUACCAGCUGGGAUCUACCUCAUACCUGCUGGACAAGCCCCUCAAAGUGGAGAUGGAGAGCUUUCUCAUGGAUCUGCAGAGUGGGCUUCCGGGCACCCACUCAGGCAAUCAUCAUCAUGCUGCUGCCUCGCCCCCUAAGGAGGGACCAGAGCACCCCUCAGGCCUGACAGACGAGCUGUGUGGAGACCCCCUCCUGUCCAAGAGCCCUGCUGUCAUCGCUGAGUCUCUGUGCGCUGCUAACAUGGACUUCUCUCACCUGCUGAGCUACCUGCCCCUCAAUCUGCCCUCCUACAACGCCCCCAUGAGCACAGCAGGACUAGUCAUGGGGUACACCUCGUCUGCCGCCUCCUCCUCUUCCUCCUCUUCGUCAUCGUCAUCCUUGCAUGCCGCCGAGCCCCACGCCGUUGCCGCGGCAGCAGCCGCACCUCUUACCUCUUUGCAACCUCAACCUCAGGACCAGCAGGGUUCUAGCAGGGGCCUGGGUCUAGGGCCCCUGCGUCCCCUGCCGCCAGUGUUCAGCUCCAGCCUCAGCACGACCACCCUGCCACGCUUUCACCAGGCCUUCCAAUGAGGGGCCACCAGGCCUGGCCCGGCCCCUACACCAUCACCCUCAGCUCACUGCCUCACACCCAAACACUUGAACACUUAGAAGCCUUAAUUGAAGCGCACAAAAGCUUUUGAUUGAGCCCUAGAGGAAACUAAACCCUUUAUUAAAACAAAAGGAAAAGAUGAGAAACGUUCAAACUAAGGAGUUUUCUUUCUAUCCUUAAACUAUGAUGAUUUAAUCCCUCUCUCUUUGUUGUUGUUUGUUUAGCUGGAUCCCCAUUAGCUUUCACAGAAGCAGCAGCUACU